GGGCGUUGUGCUUCCCGAGCGCCGCAGCCUUCCCAGCCGCCGUGCGGGUCAUGGUUUCGGGUCGCGGGCUUGUUGGCUGCCGGAAUCUCGCCGUCCUGGGAGCCUGCGCUCGCCGCGGCCUGGGUGUCUAACGCCUCCCGGACCACCGGUAGGCAGCCGGUUGUGGUCCAGAAAAGGUUCCCGGGAGUUGAGUCAGACAAGUGAGAGGGGCAGAAGACAGAGUGGGGUAACUUGUCAGCUGGGUGCGGAAGGAUUUGUGCUAGGGCCAGCCCUGCUGGGAGUCCUCUUCCAUCACACCGUGCGGAAGAGCAUGAUGGUUGAGCAGGCCGCGAUGAAAGUGGAGCUCCUGCCUGCCCUGACUGACAACUACAUGUAUCUGGUCAUCGACAAGGACACCAAGGAGGCUGCCAUUGUGGACCCAGUGCAGCCCCAGAAGGUCAUGGAGACCGUGAAGAAGCACGGCGUGAAGCUGACCACUGUGCUUACCACCCACCACCACUGGGACCAUGCUGGUGGGAACGAGAAGCUGGUCAAGCUGGAGCCUGGCUUGAAGGUGUAUGGGGGUGAUGACCGCAUUGAGGCUCUGACUAACAAGGUCACACACCUGUCUGUGCUGCAGGUGGGGUCUCUCAGUGUCAAAUGCCUGUCGACACCAUGCCACACUUCUGGACACAUCUGUUACUUUGUAAGUAAGCCUGGCAGCUCGGAGCCUCCUGCUGUGUUCACAGGCGACACUCUGUUUGUGGCUGGCUGCGGGAAGUUCUACGAAGGAACUGCGGAUGAGAUGUACAAGGCCCUGAUCAAGGUCCUGGGUCAGCUCCCCCCGGACACGAAAGUGUACUGUGGUCACGAAUACACCAUCAACAACCUCAAGUUUGCCCGCUACGUGGAGCCACACAACACCGCCAUUCAGGAUAAACUGGCCUGGGCCAAGGAGAAGUACAGGAUUGGGGAGCCCACGGUGCCGUCCACCAUCGCCGAGGAGUUCACCUACAACCCCUUCAUGCGAGUGAGGGAGAAGAGUGUGCAGGAGCACGCCAGCGAGACGGACCCCGUGACCACCAUGAGGGCCAUCCGCAAAGAGAAGGACCAGUUCAAGGUGCCGCGGGACUGACUGGGCGCCCACCGCCAUCAGGGGCAUUUGGGUAUUGAGGUGUUCUAG